AUGCCUCAUGACAUCUCCUUCAAAACACUCCAAACAUUCCUCAACAAGGUUCAGUGGAACAAAGUUGUACAAAAAGCGCCCAACACUUCUAGAGGACAGAGGUUGUUUCCAAGCCGUACCCCGAAGAACGACGCAAACUACAGUUUCAGGAUUGACAAGGGUUCGGAUAUCGACGGCAAGCCUGAGCUGAUCAUACAAGCGAACAAGAAUGCAGCAGAUAAGAAGGUUAAAGAGGCCGCCCAAAAGGAUAGUCACGCUAUCUUAGCAAAGGGGACAGUAGACCCGAAGGUUGAUACAGAUGGGAGUCAAGUAAGAGCGAAGCUUGAAAAUGACUUUAAGGAGAGGAAGUAUAUUGUUGUUAGAGUUUAACAAUUACAAGCCAAUUGUUAGACGCUGUUGAUAGUGUUCACCUAAGGAUAUGUCCACGAUUUAUUGCAAUGUGUCUAACUGUUAGUUACACAGCCUUUUAGAGGCCGCAUAGCUGUGAGUUAACUAGCUGAGAGGAUCGUGUCUUAGCUGUUUAUUAUAUUAUAGAGGGUUAAUUUCUAUAAGUUUUUCUAUAUUAA